CGUGUAUGCGCGAAUUACGCUGAAACAUGAAGUGCAGUGAAUAAAUAUAUACCACCAUUCUAUUUGUACAGCAAAACAGUUACUAAAAAUACAAACGUGUAGGAGUCAUCCUUCAAUUUUGUUGAAUAGAUGGUGCAACACUUAUACAACCAACAUUGCCACAUACAUUGUCCAGUGCGCCCACAUGUGCGACAGUAAGCAAUAAGCAUUCUUUUCCAGCUAGAUAUCUAGACCACAAAAUCUACACCAUGGAGACACUCGAAAUAAUAAAUGAUCCUGGCUUGCAGAUGGCACUAAAGUUCUAAUAUCGUUGCAAAUCGUUGACUCUUCGUUGACUUCUAAGGUUUUGACGUUAUCAAGUUGACAUGUAGGUGUAAUCUUAAUCUAACCUCAUUUUGACGUGUUUUUAAACAAACUACUAAAGAAAUUUGUAGUCAAAAUAAUCAGUUUUAUGCAUUAUUACACUAUAAUCUUUAUUUGUUUGGGACAAUUUAUAUCAUAAAGCGCUUUCCAUAUUUGAUUUAGGUAUUAUUAGCGCAUCUACUCUCAAAAAUGCAGCGAGAGAGGAGGGCCAAUGCCGGCAAUCGGAUGGCUAAAUUGCUGGAUGAGGAAGAAGAAUGUCAAGACGACUUUUAUAAAACGAACUAUGGUGGAUUUCAAGAAACAGAAUCCGAUAAUGAAUACGAGGCAGAAGAAGAAGCUGAUGAUAUAGUUGACUCAGAUUUCAGCAUAGAUGAAAAUGAUGAACCCAUUUCAGAUACAGAAGGCGAUGAAGGGCAAAAAAAGAAACGUAGACUGGUUACAAAGGCUUACAAGGAACCAUUACCUGUACAGAAAAAAGAGCGGAAGCCAAAACCACCAAAAGAAUUUAGUUCUGAGCAAAAAUCAGGUCGACAACAAGAAAAGUCAGAAGAAUAUGAGAGAAAAUCAAUAAGAAAGUCAACAGCAGCAAAGUCAGCAGAGACUGCAUACCGAGCUAAAGUGAGGCAUUUAGAAAAGAAGAAAAAACCCAAAAAAGUUGUAAUUGAGGAACACAUGCCCACUCAAGAAGAAUUAUUACAGGAAGCCAAAGCAACAGAAGAGGAGAAUUUAAGAUCUCUAGAAAAAUAUCAAAGAAUGGAGAGCGAGAAGAAAAUUAAGAGACCUUUCAAAAAAACUAUCUCUGAGCCACUGAUUCAGUAUAGAUCUAUGAGAAUGCCUUUGAUUGAAGAAAUUCUUGCCAAAACUGAAAAUGUGAAGGAAGAACAGCCGCAGAAGUAUUAUGAAAGGACGUUUAUAACAGUGCUUAAUGACCCACACGAUGUUGUGUUCAAGAAGAUUUUCAAUGUGAAACAACCUGUUUUACCCCCUAAGAAGCUAAAGUGCGCUGUCACAGGGAUGCCAGCAAAAUAUGUUGACCCAGUGACUUGUGUACCAUACCACAAUAGUACUUGUCUCAAGAUUAUCAGACUAGCCUAUUAUGACUACCUGGAACACAAUGGUGACAAAACCAAUCCUAUGGUCUCAGAAUUCCUAAAAUGGUUUAGUGCAAAUAAAGACCGGCUCAGAAAAGAGUUGUUGAUGUCGAGACAGAAGAAUAUUUUCGCCUUAAAUCAGUGAUGUGUUUUUUAUACAUAGGACGAUUUGUUUUGAUGAUAUCUUGGUAAAGGCACCAGAGCGGCACUAUAUUUUAAUGUGAUUGUGUGAGAUCUAUUUUAUGUUGCGGAUAAUCUUGUGUUGAAGUUUGAGUAUUGUUUAAUUUUGAUGAUCAAACCCAGUUCGAAUGUACAAUUUUAUUUAAUAUAUUUACUAUUAAGGGAUUCAACUUAAAUAAAAUAAAUAUAAACAUAAAC